UGUGUCUGUGUCGCCUAAUUACCUAUCAUUUGGCUGCGAAAGUAACCAACAGAAGCGAUAGAAACAACAACAGAGCGAAACUCCAAAGCUGCUAAUCCCAUCCACAUACUGGCAACAGCCACUGUAAAUGUGCUGCUAAAAUCGACACCAUGUGCACCGCUCCCGCUGAUGAUGGGGCUGCAAAAGCUACUAUUGAUGCUGCUGGCCCCAGCCAUGGCUCGACGGCCUUGAACUCCACCCAGGUCUCCAUAGCCAUAGAUCCCAAUCAGGGUCCGGAGCAACAAAAGAAGUGCAACUGGCGAUGCUGCCUUCAGUGGAUAAUGGUUCCCGUCCUGUCGGUAGGAACAGCGCUGCUCUGGUAUUACCUAGGAGCUUGGUGGGGAUUGGCGGCUCUCUAUGGCAGCGUGAUAGCAACACUCCUGGUGCGGCCUGGCUUUAGAUGGUUCUACAUAGCGGCGGUGACAGGUCCUCGCGACACUGUCGCUGUCAUUGCGUACAUUCGAGUGCUGAUGUUUGUGAAGCGACAGCAGCGCAAGAACCUCAACAUUGGCGACAUUUUCGAGGCAAGUGUGGCUCGGCACCCGGACAAGCUGGCAAUCGUGAGCGAGUCCCAGCAGUGGACAUUCCGACAGCUGAACGAGCACUCGAACCGUGUGGCCAACGUCUUCCACAGUCACGGCUACAAAAAGGGCGAUGUGGUGGGCCUGCUGCUCGAGAAUCGGGCCGAGUUUGUGGCCACCUGGCUGGGUCUCUCAAAGAUAGGUGUUAUUACUCCCCUCAUUAACACGAAUCUGCGCGGAGCCUCGCUCCAGCACAGCAUCACUGUGGGCCAGUGCACGGCCUUGAUUUACGGCGCUAGCUUCCGAGCGGCCGUGAUGGACAUUGCGAAGGACCUGCCCGCCCAUGUCGGACUCUACCAGUUCAACGAUGAGGGCAGCCAGGCCCAUGCUACUGACGAGGGCUUGAGUCAGGGUCUGGCCCAGCAAUUAAACGGACUGCUGGACACGGCCGCCAAAGAUAAAGUGGCCGCAGGCGCCACUCGAGCGGAUCACCACGACAAACUGGUCUACAUCUACACCUCUGGCACCACGGGUCUACCCAAGGCAGCGGUAAUCACACACUCGCGCUACUUCUUCAUUGCCGCCGGCAUCCACUAUGCCCUAGGUUUUAGGGACCAGGAUGUGUUCUAUACACCCCUUCCUCUCUAUCACACUGCUGGCGGAGUGAUGAGCAUGGGCCAGGCCCUGCUGUUUGGCUCGACGGUGGUCAUACGCAAGAAAUUCAGUGCCUCUGGCUACUUUGCCGACUGCGCACGCUUCCAGUGUACCAUUGGCCAGUACAUUGGUGAGAUGGCCCGCUAUAUAUUGUCGACACCAGCGGCAGCACAUGACCGAAAGCAUCAGGUGCGCAUGGUCUUUGGAAACGGCCUGCGUCCACAGAUCUGGCCGCAUUUCGUCGAGCGCUUUGGCAUCCAGCGCGUCGGUGAGUUUUAUGGAGCCACCGAGGGCAACGCCAACAUUAUGAACAACGACAGCACGGUCGGAGCCAUCGGCUUCGUUUCACGCAUUCUGCCGCAGGUCUAUCCCAUAUCCAUCAUACGAGCCGAUCCCCACACGGGCGAGCCGCUGCGAAACAAGAAGGGUCUCUGCGAGCGAUGCGAGCCCAACGAGACGGGCGUCUUUAUUGGGAAAAUUGUGAAGGGCAAUCCCUGCCGGGAGUUCCUCGGCUAUGUGGACACGAAGGCCUCCUCCAAAAAGGUGGUGCACGAUGUCUUUUCCAAGGGCGAUAUGGCCUUUAUCUCUGGCGACCUGCUGGUGUCCGAUGAGCGGGGCUAUCUCUACUUUAAGGAUCGCACCGGCGACACCUUCCGCUGGAAGGGCGAGAACGUCUCAACUAGCGAGGUGGAGGCACAGCUUAGUAACCUGACCGGCUACAAGGAUGUCAUCGUGUAUGGGGUCAGUAUACCAAAUACCGAGGGCCGGGCCGGCAUGGCCGCCAUUUACGAUCCCACGCGAGAGGUGAAGGUGGAGGUGCUCGGCCAGGAGCUCACCAAGGCUCUGCCCAGCUAUGCACGCCCUCAGUUCCUGCGAUUCCUCCGGAAGAUCGAUCUGACGGGCACGUUCAAGCUGCGAAAGGUGGAACUACAGCAGCAGGGCUUCGAUCCGGCGGCCAUCGAGGAUGAGUUGUUCUAUGCAGGAUCCGAUGGUGUCUACGCCCCGCUUACACAGUCCGUCUACGAGCGGAUUCAGCGCAACGAGAUGCGCUUCUAGGUACUGGAGCAGGUUAAUUCUCCAUGGUUGAGCUAAGACUGUGCCCACUCAUAAUCGAAGUUAGGGCCAAUACCACCACUCUCGAUGCGAAAGAGAAGGCAUUACCCGAGUUAUAAUCUUUGUCUAUCUGUUAGGUUUAAUUUGGUAGAAGUGUUACUGUGUUUAUUGUGCUAACAUUAAAUAAUGAUAAAAGGAAA